AUUACAAAUAAAAGCUGUAAUAAGCAAUAAAAGUACUCUUUUAACGUUAUUUUAGUGGUUCGGUGAGGCAUUGUAAACAUUGUGUUGAAAUAUGUGGCAAGUUCGCCUUUUUUUUAAUCGCUGAAAGCCAACAAAUAUCAAUCCCCGUGCUCGUGGUGGAUGAGAGGCUCGCGCGAGAGGCGGCGCAUGCGCACUCACACUUUGUGCCAUAUUGGAAUGAGGUCGUUGAACGACUAGGCGGAAAAAGACACGGCAUCUAAAACCGACUUGAAAAACUCCUCACUGAAGCAGUUUGAUUGUCCUCCGGGGGCUUCAGACAUGAGCCUUGAGGCGCUGGAGUCUGAUGCGGACUCUGGUCAGGAUGUGUCCGAGUUUAACUGGGAUGACUACCUGGAGGAAAACGGGGCACUUUCUGUUCCUCAUCAUGCGUUCAAACACGUGGACCAGGGCCUGGAGACGGGUCUGACUCCUGGUAUGAAGCUUGAGGUGUGUGUCCGUACCGAAUCAGAAACAACGUACUGGGUGGCCACGAUAAUCACCACCUGCGGACAGCUGCUGUUGCUACGAUAUGAGGGUUACCAGGAUGACCGGCGUGCCGACUUUUGGUGCGACAUCAUGACCGCCGACCUGCACCCCAUCGGAUGGAGCAAGCAGCAGGGUCGACCGAUGAGACCUCCUGAGGGUGUCCGUGAGAAGCACGAGGACUGGGAAGCGUUGCUGGAGAAAGCUCUGGCUGAAUCCUGCAGUGUACCUGCUAGUCUGCUGGAAGGGGCCCAGCGUGGCUGUAAUCCUAUAGAUCUGUUAAGUCAAGGUCUAAACGUUGAGCUAGUGGACCGUCAAGAUGCUGGGGUGGUCUGGUCUGCAGUGAUUGAGGAGAACGUUGGGGGACGCUUGCGGCUUCGAUAUGCCGGCACAGACGGGCUCCCUGACUCCCAAUCCAUCACUUGGGUCUUCUACCUGGACCCCCUGCUUCAUCUACCUGGCUGGGCACAGGAGCACAGCUGCACUCUCAGACCACCUGCAGCUCUGCUCUCCCUGCGCUCUGAAGCUGAAUGGGAGGAGGUGAAGAAGACAGUCUUCUCUCAGGCUCAGGACUCCAGCAUCAGCGAAGAGUUUUACAGGGACAGAUCAGCCAUCACUCCGCACUGCUUUACUGAUGGGAUGAAGCUGGAAGCUGUGGACCCAGCAACUCCUUUCACCAUCAGUCCUGCCACUGUGGCCAAGGUAUUCAAUGAUCAGUUCUUUCUGGUGCGGAUGGACGAUAUGAGAGAUGAGGCACAGAAAGAGGGUGGCGGACGCUCUUUCCUUUGUCACAGGGACAGUCCGGGAAUCUUCCCCACGCAGUGGAGUCUAAAGAACGGAGUCAAGCUCAGCCCUCCUCCAGGGUUCCAAGGUCAGGACUUUGACUGGGCGGACUAUCUAAAGCAGUGUGAGGCUGAGGCAGCCCCGCAGCAAUGCUUUCCUUCAGACCCAUCUGAUCAGUGCAUUAAAGAAUCCAUGAUGCUGGAGGCCAUCAAUCCGCUCUGCCCUGAAAACAUUCACGUAGCAACUGUUACCAAGGUCAAAGGUCAACACAUGUGGAUUCGUUUGGAAGGUCUGAAGCAGGCUGUCCCAGAGAUCAUAGUUCACACAGACUCCAUGGAUAUUUUCCCAGUGAGCUGGUGUGAAACAAAUGGCUAUCCUCUUCUGCACCCUUGCAAGCCCAAAGUAGAUAAACAGAAAAAGGUUGCGGUUGUUCAGCCAGAGAAACACCGGGUACCAUCCAAAGACUCCUCACCUGAUACUACCAAACAACUUAUUAACAGCAAUCAGGCUGAGAUGGGAGGCCAGGCGAAUGGGAAGUACUGCUGCCCUAAGAUCUAUUUUAACCAUCGCUGCUUCUCAGGGCCCUACCUUAAUAAGGGCCGUAUUGCAGAGCUGCCCCAGUGUGUGGGACCUGGGAACUGUGUCCUGGUACUGAAGGAGGUGCUGACACUGCUGAUAAAUUCGGCUUAUAAGCCCAGCCGAGUGCUGAGAGAGCUGCAGCUGGACCAGGAGGGCCGCUGGCAGGGUCACGGAGAGACACUUAAAGCCAAGUACAAAGGGAAGAGCUACAGAGCGACAGUAGAGAUCGUUCGCACAGCAGACCAGGUGGCCGAUUUCUGUCGGAAAACCUGCAUUAAGCUGGAGUGUUGUCCCAACCUGUUCGGCCCACGAAUGGUCCUGGAGCGCUGCUCGGAAAACUGCUCUGUGCUCACCAAAACCAAAUACACAUAUUACUAUGGGAAGAAGAAGAGCAGGCGUGUGGGCCGACCUCCCGGCGGACACUCCAACUUAGAGGGAGGUGUGAAGAGACGAGGCAGGAGGAGGAAGAGGAGGAAGCAGCUCUUCGUCCACAAAAAGAGGCGUUCUUCUGCUUCAGUCGACAACACUCCGGCAGGUUCCCCUCAGGGCAGUGGUGAUGAGGAAGAUCUGGAUGACGAUGACUCUCUGAGUGAAGAUACAGGCUCUGAGCUGCAAGACGAGCUGAUGGAUGACUCUGAAUACUCAGAGAAGAAGUCGCAGCCCCCCACUCCCUCCCCCUCCCCUCCAGAAACCCCCCGGCCCACACGCAAACGGCGCAAACCUCGCUCGCCUUCCUGCUCAGAUGAUGAGAACAGACCUCCUUCACCCAAGAGUCCACGUACAGAAGCUCCUCAGAAGCUGUGUUUGGACAGUAGUCCACUGGAAUGGAGUGUCACGGAUGUUGUGCGAUUCAUCAGGACCACUGAUUGUGCACCGCUGGCACGCAUCUUUAUGGACCAAGAAAUUGACGGUCAGGCGCUGCUUCUGUUGAACCUUCCCACUGUACAGGAGUGUAUGGACCUGAAGCUCGGCCCUGCCAUCAAGCUGUGCCAUCACAUAGAGCGGGUCAAGCUGGCAUUUUACCAACAGUUUGCCAGCUGAGGGUGGCUGUCUGUAGAGAAGAGUAGGGCAUUUGACAUUUGAGGUGACUUUCCUAAUAUGUGUGAUCGUCCUUUUGUUCUAUGGAUCAUAGAACCUUUAAAAUCACUUAGCGCUUUAGACGCCUCCUGUACCAUUAGGUCUUCAGCAGGCGCAGUUGAGAUCAACUACUGGAGGGGCGUUUUUCAACAGGGUCUAUCUGGUACUUUUACAGCUGGGCUCUUCAUCUUAAAGUAAGCCUGGACUAGUGUUUAGUUUGAUCUUUUUUUUUUUUUUUUUUAAGAUCUGGGUUGGUGGAACUGUGUCUGCAACAAUAAGCAAAGCUCUUUACUUGUUUUAAAAAAAAACUUUAUUAACUGUAGAGCGGAUGACAAUGCAAUUACCUUAAGCACAAAAAAAAAAUUGCCCAUGUACUGUAAGUGGUAUGCAAACUUGUACAUACAGGAGUGUUAAUGUAAAUACUGUAAAUAACCAGAUGUUAAUUUUAGUGGGACUGCUUUAAUGUUCCCAUUUCGGUUUGGUUUUCUAUAACAGCUUGGGAAUUACACUGUAACACAACAGUGCAAAAGAUGGGGCAUGAUAUAUGCCUGAUGCUGCCAUUUUGGUUUCUGUAAAUACUAAUAAGCAUUUGCUCAUCCUAAAGAUGCAUUAUUAAAUAAAGGUGCAGAGUAAUAAAAAGUAAUGAGGUGUUGGUUAAGACAUAAGCACACAAAUACUUCAGGUUAUGUCACUGACUGUGAUAGGGAAAAUAUGAAUUGUGGCAAAUCCAGGGUCUAUCAACAACACCAAAUUGAAGAGUCUUGUAUUCUUACAAACCUGUCUGCUUGUAAAAGUAAUUUUUUUAAUAUCAAGUAGAAUGCAGGAUCUGUGUUUAAAUGCAAAUACUGCAUUCAAUAAUUUCAGGGGCCUCUAUGUUUUAAUGGUCUAAAUAACUGGUUUGGUCUUGCAUUGCAAAGCUAUACCCCUACACAACCAGAUAAAAUCAUUUGAUUUAUUAUCUGUGGAUUGUAUUUGAAUUGGUAAUGAGAUAUGCAACAGUCUCCCUUUCCUUGAUUUAACAGUCCAUUUCCCUUCUUUAAGUAUUUGUGCUGGAAUGAGAAAGAUGAAUUUGGAACCUCGUCUUGCCACAUUCCGUUUUGUUCAUUUCCUGUUUUUCACCCGUUUAAUUAAAGGUUGUUGAAUUAAUAUUGCUUUACUUUCGAUUAUAUGUUGGUGGAAAAUGUUAUUUAAAAGAAAAUAAAAUGAACAGAAUCUUG